AUGGUGCUCGAGGUUCAUACAAAGGAUGACCAGCAGCAGGACGAAACAUCCGCUGAGCGAAAAUCCGAAGCCGUUACCAAUGAAUACGUUUUGAACGUGGCCUUUUUAUCAUUCCUUGGCUUUACAACACUUCAGUGCUUUUUUGCCGUUAUGGCAAGAUCACAAUCGAUGAUGGCUGACUGCGCUGCCAUGUACGUGGAUGUUGUAACCUACUUGUUCAAUUUCUUGGCGGAACGGCUAAAACACGGACACAUCGACACGCCCUGGAGAGACAUGCGAUUGCGUCGGCUUUUCUUGGAGCUCAUCCCACCGCUAAUCAGUGUCACAACACUAGUCGCGGUCACUGUCAUAGCGCUUCGCCAAGCCUUUGUCAUUCUAUUGACGCCGGACGACGAUGAAUCCAAGGAACAACAGCCAGAUUUAGUUAUUAUGCUCGUCUUUAGCGCUCUAAAUUUGGUACUCGACAUCAUUAACGUGAGCUGUUUUGCACGAGCCGACCAGGCCGUGGGAUUGCCGGGUCAGCACGGUUAUGAACACGUUGACGGUCGUCACCACGACCACCAGCAUUGCGAGCACAAUGCGAACGGGAAUAGUACUGCGACCCCAUUUUCCAGCGAGGCAACACCUCUUGUUGCCAGCAACCAUUCCAGUAAUUGUGAUCACGAAGACAGUUCACAAGACACCGAAGCGGAGGGUUUGAAUUUGAAUAUGUGCUCGGCAUGGACGCACGUUUGUGCGGAUACGUUGCGGAGCGUUGCCGUGCUGAUCGCCGCUGGUUUCGCCUACAUAUUUCCUCAGCUUUUGACACCGGCCGAUGCCGAUUCGUGGGGUGCUAUCGUCGUGUCCAUUAUAAUUUUGAUCUCACUGGGACCACUUCUGCAAGGCUUGUACCUGACAGCGUGCAAAAUUCGGACCGUUUGGUGUGAAGAAGAGCCAGGUUCCAAGAUUUUGAUUCUGAAUGUGUAG